AUGGGUAAUUGCGCGCUGUGCGGAGCUCGGGCGGAGACACUUCAUCACGUUUUCUUGGAAUGCUCCUUCUCAGUUUUAAUCUGGCAGACCAGCCCUUUGCAAAGCGCAUGGCGUGAUCGAGAUACACGGGACCUAGCAGGUUGGAUUGAACAAAUUCUGUUGUGUGGGGAUCGCCAGAAAGUUGAGCUUCUGUUUAUGAUUCUGUGGAACCUUUGGAACGAGCGCAAUACGGUUGUCUGGACUGCAAAACGUCGACACCCCUGUGAAGUUGUGGAUGGCGCUAUGCGGCUGUUGCAUGAGUUCAAAGAGCAUCAGCCUACCCCGUCGUUGUCUAUUUCACGUGCUCAGGCGAAGUGGCAAAAACCUCCUCUGGGUGUCAUUAAGAUUAAUGUGGAUGGGGCCUUUCAAGGGUUAACUGGUAUGGGCGGUGGGGGGAUAAUUGCUCGGGAUUCAGCUGGUUGUUUUGUGGCCGCCCGUGCGUGCAAACUCAGCCAUGUCUCUUCCCCGGAACAUGCUGAAGUUCUUGCCCUUCGUGAGGCCCUUCUCUUUGCCAAGGAUAUUGGACCAGGUCCAAAGCUGAUUGAGAUUGAUGCGCAAGGGGUGUUACACUCUGUUCAGGAUGCGCAGGAGGAUAGAUCUUAUUUAAGCUGUUUGUUUUCAGAUUGCAAGUUUUUCCUUUCCCAGUUAGAGAAUACUUCUAUUAAGUUUGCUUUUAGAGAAGCUAAUCAAGCAGCGCACCGCUUAGCUCGGUUGGCUAUUACCUUGCCAGAAACAUUCACGUGGCUUCAGGAUCCUCCUGAUGCCGUGUGUGAUGUUUUGGUGGAGGAUAUUUUGUAA